CUCUGUCACUGAUAAUAUGCAUACAUUAUCUUUUUUGGAAUAUUGUAACUGUACCAAACUUUUUUUUUAUAAAUGUAAAUAUAAGAAACAGUGACACAUUGUUCGCUAUUCAGUCUUACGCAUGUUUUACAGUGAAUCUGUCAUAGUACUUUUAGUUCAACAUAACCCACGACACAUUCUAUAACUAUAUUGAGUUGUGUGCAACAAAACUGAGAUGUUAACAGACACAUUGAACUUAACCAUUAGCAGCCUAUAGUUAUAUAGUCAAAGAGGUAUCGCACUGAAAUUAGAGAGGCUGUGAAAGAAAUGAUGUUUUAUUUCCUAUAAACAAAAUCGAGGGUUUCUCAAAGGAGUACCACAAUUUGUUGGCAAGAGAUACUCGAUAGCAGUUGUAUGAGAUAAUAUGUCUCACAGAGAAAUUGUACAGAGUAAACCUAGUCUUCUUAAAGAGGCUGCAAUUCAGAUUGGCGCAGGAGGUUGUGCAGGUUUUGUAGAAGCUUGCAUAAUGCACCCCAUGGAUCUUAUUAAAACACGUUUCCAACUGCAAGUUAAAGUCGCAACACAGGAUGCACUUUAUUAUACAGGGAUCCGUGACUGUAUGAGAAAAAUGUAUAUAAACGAAGGACUCGCAGCAUUUUGGAAAGGUAUAUUGCCACCGGUUAUUAUGGAAACUCCGAAAAGAGCUGUAAAAUUUUUCUCCUUUGAACAGUAUAAGAAGUUAUUUAGCAGCAACACGCCCAAGACAAUGACAUAUUAUUAUGCUGGCUUCCUGACUGGUGUAACGGAAGCCAUUUUGGUGAAUCCGUUUGAAGUGGUUAAAGUUCAAAUGCAAUCCAAUCGUAAACACAUAAGCCAUAGUCCAUCUACAUUUGCUGUGACUCGACGUAUCCUCACAGAGCAUGGCUUUGGUCUAAAAGGUCUCAACAAAGGUCUAUCCGCGACAAUAAUGAGAAAUGGCAUUUUUAAUACCUUUUACCUUGGGAUCUACAAUUCUGUAGUUCCCCAUUUGCUCAAACAAAAGGAUCACUUCCCAGAAUUAUUUCUUAAGUUUGUCGUAGGUUUCUUGUCAGGGACAGUGGCAUCCUGCAUGAAUAUACCUUUUGAUGUCGCCAAGAGUCGCAUUCAAGGACCUCAGGGUGAAAUUUUGUACAAAGACACACUACAAACUAUCUACUUAGUCUAUCACAGAGAAGGAUUCAAAGCCUUGUACAAAGGAUUAGUUCCGAAAAUAUUACGAUUAGGUCCAGGAGGUGCAAUAAUGCUCAUAGUUUACGAGCACAUGAAAUACUAUUUAAGUAAUGGGGUCAUUCACUGAUUGAAGUUUCAAAUUUUAAUAAAGACUGACCAAUGCAUUUAUUUACAAACACUGUCAACAAAUUGCUUUAAAACCCCUUCUUUGUCAAACUAUUUCCAUUCGAAAUUCAAUUUGAUUUUAAGCAUUGCAAUUCAUGAAGAAAACGUCUCAAAACUCGUGUGCACGCGUUCAAUAUUUACUAGCGAUAGAAAUUUACAUCGUUUAAUGACAAUAAUUAGAUAAUGUACAUUACAAUACAUAUGUUUGUUGAACAUACUGUCUAUUUAUUUAUUUACUCACUUAAUCUUUUGGCUGUCAGCGGACCAAUCUACCGACGUUUGGUACCUACGCGAGAAUUGCUAUGAGUCUGGAAGCAACAGCCUCGAGCAUUUACAUUCAGGUCAUCGCUCCAAUGAAUUAAAUCGCUUUCACUCAUGCUUAGUCAUUACCUCUAACGUGUAGUAUUG